GAAAAUAAAGGGAUUGCAUGAAAUAAAAAGAACAAGACACACACAGAGAGAGAGAGAGAAAGAGAGAGAGAGAGUUUGCUCCAUGAAUUUGUUCCAGUUUCCACUUUCUCUUUGGAAAUGCGAUGGAAAAAUGGAAUGGAUUUAGCACGAAUCCCUGAUUUUUCGGGCCAAAACAGAGCAGAGAAACAGACAUUCAGCUCCUCCGAUUGCUGCUAUUUUUAAGCCGUGCGAAAUACCAUCGUCUCUCUAUGCAAGAUGAAGAUUUCCUGACUUGAACUACGAACGACACGCGUGUCGGUUGCCUAUUUAUUCCUUCACAUGGUUCUCUGCAGCUUGAAAAGAUCAAGUGUACAAACUGAAGUUAUGAUUUCAUGAUUGUCUGCCAGGUGGCAACAGCAAUAACAAUAACAACAACAACAACAACAACUCAUUCAAGAAGAAGCCUGCUAUCAACGACUGAAAUUCUCCUUUGGGAUCUCUUGCUCUUUCGGGUGUGCUUGCAAAAGCUGGAAGGAAAAACAAGAAAAGCAGGAACAACCAGCAUGAGUGGCAAAGAAGAAGAGCCCGGCUACUCAGAUAGCAGCGUGAAGAAGAUGCUCAAGUGUGUGGUGAUUGGUGACGGAGCUGUUGGGAAGACCUGCCUGCUGAUGAGUUACGCCAAUGAUGCGUUUCCAGAAGAAUAUGUGCCAACAGUGUUUGACCACUAUGCAGUUACUGUGACAGUUGGAGGCAGGCAACAUUUGCUUGGACUUUAUGACACAGCAGGACAGGAGGACUACAAUCAACUGAGACCCCUCUCCUACCCCAACACAGAUGUGUUUUUGAUCUGUUUCUCUGUGGUAAACCCUGCUUCCUAUCAUAAUGUCCAAGAGGAAUGGGUUCCGGAAUUGAAAGUCUGCAUGCCACAAGUGCCUUAUGUUCUGAUAGGAACACAAAUCGACCUUCGAGAUGACCCCAAAACUUUGGCUCGGUUAUUAUACAUGAAAGAGAAGCCCCUGACUUAUGAACAUGGCAUCAAAUUGGCUAAAGAGAUUGGAGCCCAGUGCUACUUAGAGUGUUCAGCUUUGACCCAGAAAGGCCUGAAAGCUGUCUUUGAUGAAGCAAUCCUCACAAUCUUCAAUCCCAAGAGGAAGAAGAAACUUUGUGCCAAGUGUUGCAGCUGCUGUUCAGUUCUAUGAUGCCUGGAGUUCAAAGUGGACCAGUUGUUGCCAGUUAAUAAUCUAAUCCUACACAGAGGGAUGUGACCAGAAAAAAAAACUACUUUAUAAAGUGAUUCCUCCUAAUCUGUGAUUCCUCUCAAAUGCAACUUUGUAGACUUUUUAUGCCUUGCUUUUUUUUUCCCUCUAAUGACUAUGCAUCUGUAAAUACAAGUUCGUGUUUUGAUAACUUCUCUCUGCUUAGCCAGCAGAUACAAGGAAAAAAAACUUUAGAAAUUCUUGAUAUAGUCAGAAUCCCUGAUGCACCUGGAAGGAAAAAAAGAUCUAAGGAUCCUAAUCCUACACCUGAGCCAAAAAGAACAAGCUUUGUCAUUAGCAACCACAGGAAGAAAUUAGUAAAUUCCAGCUUUUUUUUUUCCUUUUUAUGACCCUGUAGUCUCUUAAUUCAGGAUAGUGUCAGGGUGGCUGGAAGCAGCUGAGCAUUUACUAGCUUGAUGCCCUUCCUGACACCUACGUGGAGUUUGCAGCACAUAUUUUUUCACAGCAGAGAGUAAAUCCCUGUAUGAAUAUGCAAUAAUGAUUAAACUUGAAACCCCCAAAAUGGCAUUUAGACAUUUUUUAGGAGUCAGCCAUGUUGACUCAUGUAGAAGUUCAGUGUCAAUUCAAUCUUAAUGCACAGCAAUGCUUUUGAGAGAGAUGGCAUAGAAUACAAAGUCAUUAAUGUGCUGUUCUUGUCUUCCUUUUAUAAAUGAAGCAUGACCCAAAGAAAUACUCUCAGGUUGCAUUGUCAUGUUGCCAUUGGACGUGUGAGAUUUUCCUCUUCUUAAAUGAAAUCUGAAGCUCUCACAUUGUGCAUUUUUCAAAAUCAUUUCAAAAUAGUAAUUGUCUGGAUUUGAGAAGUCAGAAAAUGCAGGGGGAAAUGUACAUAUGUCCUGUCUGCCAAUCGAGACUUUUUUUCUUAGAAUUUAUUAUUAUUAUUCAAGCAUAAUACAAAACUACAAUAAGAACUACAAACUGCCCUUUAAACAGUAUAAAUGAGGUUCCUCAACUUUCAGCUCCCAGAAUGCAUGAAGUUCAGCCAUCUAAAAGUUGCUGAGGUUGAGAAACACCCCUGUAGAUGGUCUCAGCUCAAAUCCAGUUCCUAAUUACUAAUUUUCUUGACAAUGGCAAGAAAGCAAUCGGCCAUUGUUUUCUGCUGGGGUGCUUUUAAUAUUUUUUUUAACUCUUAGGAUAAUCCAUAGGUCUGGUAUUAUUCCUUGGUGUCUUCCAUCCAAGUACUAACUAAGCCUGUAACUAUUUAACUUCUGAGCCCAGACAGGUUAGGACAAGUGGGGUCACUUACUAAAGAUGCUAAUUUGCACAAUCAAGAUCAAAAGGCAGCUUCAGAUCAAAUACAAGCAGAUCCUGAGAAAACCGGACACAUGCAUUUCACACACAUGGAUGUGUGCUCACACAAAACAAAUACACCAAAUACAAACCACCAUUCUUACCUCUUUCCCUGACCUGGAAAAACUAGUUGAAAGUACCAAAAUGCUUAGAGAAAGAAGGAUUUUUAGAAGGAGCAGCAGUCCAUUCGAAGCAACGUUUGCUUCAGUUUUGGGAUGAAGUAUAUACAAAAUGGCUUCAACUGCUCUCUUUUUCAGUAGCUUCACCUCUUUCUCCUAUUGCUUUUGCCAAUUCUGCCUCUCUUGAUUCAAACCAGUUGGCAAUAAUCUAUGCAGAUGCAAAAUGAUUUCAAUCUGUAGCCUCCUCUGGUGGUAUUUGGAAUUGAUCCUCCUUGCACAGAGAGGCCAGGUUUGGCUAGCUUCAUUAGUUUAGAUGCUAUGUGAUUGAAAGCAAUCACAACUUCUUCAGCAAAGCUGGCUGGGGAAUUCUGGGAGUUGAAGUCCGCCAGGCUUAAAGUUGCCAAGGUUGAAGACCCCUGACUUAGAAGCUACUUGUGAUUAUGGAAAAAAUGGUUGUCAUUCCAAUUGUCACCCGGCUAGGAAACCAUAAGGAAGUAGCUAUUAUAACCAAAAGGCUUUUAUUGUUGUAAAUGCCUUCUUUGCAAAAUGUUUUCUACAAUUUAUAUCAUUGAUACAUGAUUCUUAAAAGAAACAUUUUUAAAAUA